CAACGGAAACCAAAUCCCAGCAACCUGGCUGUCUUGAACGUCAAAGAAAAUUUUCAUUCCGUCCUUCCAAGAAGUAAGGUACUCAAGCAACGUUCUAUCCGCCGGAAAAUCAAGAUUCGACAUGCCGGUUCACACCUUGCUUUGGAUGCGACCGUUCCGUCGCGCCAAGUUGUUGGAACAAUUCCUUACAACCGUAUCGAGGCGUAGCGUACACCACGCCCAAAGCGCAGUCGGUGGUACGGAGAAAUGCUCGCGGCCUCCAUCAAGAGGUUUGGUGCUCGGAAUCUACGCCGACGAGCACGAUCGAGAGGACAAUGGCCUGCUGACGCCAAGCGCGGCCAGGUAUAAUGAGUCUUAUACGAACGGAGCCCUGAUGGAUAUGCUCCAUCUGGCUGGUCCGCUACCGAAGCGUGGCCAAACGAGGAUUUUCUUCAACCUGGAACCAACCUACUCGGCGGUUGCGGUUUGUGGACUUGGCAGUGAAUGCCUCGGGUACGAUUCGGCGGAAAAGCUGGACCUAUCGAAGGAAGCAAUUCGCGUAGCUGCCGCAUCGGGAUGCCGCGCGCUUCAAAAGUUGGAAACCAACCGCAUCUACGUGGAGGACUUUGGCCAUGCCGAGUCUGCAGCCGAAGGCGCUCACAUGAGCAUGUGGAUCAAUCAGAAGAUGAAGAAGCCCGAGGAGCGAAAGUUCAUGCCUCAGUUGCAACUGUACUAUGAUCCGCAACUGCCGUGUGACGCGAAUGGUUGGAAAAUUGGCCUUGCCAAGGCGGAAGCACAGAACUUAGCCAGGGAACUGCAGGAAGCGCCAGCGAAUCAUAUGACUCCGACUACAUUUGCCCAGAACGUCGUCCAAAUCCUGUGUAACUCCGGUGUCAACGUGGAAGUCAAGGUGAGGAGCUGGGCGGAGAGUCAGGGGAUGACGUCGUUCCUAACCGUUGCAAAAGGAUCUUGCGAACCGCCGAUUUUCCUGGAAUUGAGCUACUACGGAACCAAUCUCAAGGAACGACCGAUUGUACUGGUUGGUCAAGGCAACACAUACGACAGCGGUGGUAUCUGUGCUAAGAAACUCCACGCGUUGAAAGACAUGCGAGGUGACAUGGCUGGAGCGGCCUGUGUAGUGGCCACGUGCCGUGCUAUUGCGGCCCUAAAGCUGCCCGUGAAUAUCCGAGCACUGAUUCCACUCUGCGAACACAUGAUCGGGUACAACGCCAUGAAGCCCGGAGACGUAAUUCCGGUAAAGAAUGGAAAGAGCAUCGAAGUUGUUAACACCGACUACGAAGGCCCUUUGGUGCUGGUGGAUGCCCUACUGUAUGCGACCUCUUUUGGACCUAAGUAUAUCGUGGACGUUUCGACCAUCUCCGAUCAUGUUUUGGGCUCAUUCGGAAAGGUGUGUAGCGCAGUGUUCACAAAUUCGGAAGACCUGUGGCAACGUAUCAAGAACGCGGGUGUCCACACCGGUGAUCGGGUAUGGCGGCUGCCCCUGUGGGACUACUUUAGCCAACAGAUGUGCUCGGUACAACACGUGGACGUGCAAAACUACGGCCGGGGAGUCGGAGGAGAGGCAUGUAAAGCGGCGGCCUUUUUGCGAGAGUUUCUUCCCUGCGGACAGUGGAUGCACAUCGAUGCGCACAACGUUAUGACUACAAAGGGCGAAGACUAUCCGUAUCUUCGCAGAGGUAUGGCGGGACGGCCGACACGGACGCUGAUUGAGUUUAUUGCACAGGCCUGUUGCAAGGAGAAAUUUAGCUCUCAUCAUUAGAGCAAACUUAGAUUGGUACUAAUAAUUACGAGUUUACAUGUUGGCAGAAUAAAUUGCUUGAGUUACAAAUA